AACCCUAAGUCUUCACUUCACUACUACCCUGUCUCGCUCUGCCUAAACCGUGCUAGGGUUUUACGAAGCAGCUACGCAAGAACCCUCGGGCCGUCCAGAACAAAAUAAGGAAGAAAGAUGGUGGCCGACAGGACCAAGAAGUUGAAGGUUUCCGAGAAGGGGAGAACCUCGACGAAAUCGACGGGAACUUGUCCUUUCCAUUGAGAGUUGCAGGAGAUCCAAGACGAGCUGGAAAAGAUCAACGAAGAAGCCAGCGACAAAGUUCUCGAGAUAGAGCAGAAGUACAAUGAGAUUAGGAAGCCCGUUUAUGACAAGCGGAAUGAUAUUAUCAAGUCAAUUCCUGAUUUUUGGCUAACUGCUUUUUUGAGUCAUCCUGCUCUUGGUGAUCUUUUGAACGAUGAAGAUCAGAAGAUAUUUAAGUAUUUGAGUUCUCUCGAGGUUGAAGAUUUUAAAGAUGUCAAAUCAGGCUACUCAAUCACCUUUAAUUUCAACGCCAAUCCCUAUUUUGAAGAUACAAAACUUGUAAAGACUUAUACUUUCCUUGAGGAAGGAACAACAAAAGUCACUGCCACUCCCAUAAAAUGGAAGGAGGGCAAGAGCAUACCCAAUGGAGUUAGUCAUGAGAAAAAAGGGAACAAGCGGGCUCCUAUUGAUAUCAGCUUCUUUAGUUGGUUUAACGACACUGAGCAAAAAGAUGAAAUUGAUGACAUCCAUGAUGAGGUUGCAGAAUUAAUCAAGGAUGAUUUAUGGCCAAAUCCGCUUACUUAUUUCAAUAAUGAAGAACCUGAUGAAGAUGAGGGUGAUGAGGAUGAAGCUGAUGAUGAGGGGAAGGAUGACGGUGACUCUGAAGAUGAUGAUGAUGAGGGUGAGGAGGAUGACGAUGAGGGGGAGGAAGAUGAUGGCAAAUGAAAAAUACAUUAUGGUCAUAUUACCUUUUUUUUGCGUUGUAGGAGUAUGUAAGCGUUCUUUAGGGGAUGAUCAUAUGGCCACCCUUUGUGGUUAUCAACUUAUCUCGGCAGGUGAAGCUACCAAGGCUAGUUAUUGGUUCUCUCUGACUAUAGUCAUAUUUAUUGUCCUAUGGAGUUAUUUCUGGUUUAAUCCCUUGUGCACUUUUCAUAUACUAAUGUUAUAUCGGUUUUUUUAUAAACCUUUCUUGUGGGAUUACCUAGUAAAGUUGCAGUAUUUAUUGUAUAGCAGUUUCAGUUCGGUAUUUUCUUAGGGUGCAGGAGUAUGGAACCAUUUUUUACAAAUGAGAAACGACCCCUAGGCAAAUAUUCAAUUACUAUUUCAGUGUUAUCCAAUCUAUUUAAUUACUUGCAUGAGUCA